AUGGGGUCCACCGUGUCCAAGCCUCUAGACCAGGUGCCGAUGGCUGCGCCCCCGAAGAUAGCGGCGCCCGCCAGCCCUGCGGCCCUGGCGGCGCCCGUGGCGCCCGUCUCCCCGGCGCAGGACCCAAUUACUAACUGCUGGAGCUGCCGCGUGCUCUCGGGCACAGGGCUGAUCGGGACGGGGGGCUACGUGUACUGGACGGCGAAGAGGCCCUUGAAGCUGGGAUACGCCGCUAGACCCGGGCAGAUUGCGCAGAUGGGGAUCGGCAUCAGUGAGAAGCGGGGCGCGGCCACGUGGGCAGGGGGCGGGAGCUCGGGCCGAUCGCCCUAA